AUGGAUCUGCCGCGAUCGAAGGUUAAGAGUUUGAAUGCAGUCGUUUUGAAGUGUAAUAUCACAAAAAUGAAAAAAUGUUUGACAUCUACUCAAUGGACUCUGCAAAUCUUCAUUCCUGUUUGUUUACUUUGGGUACAUCUAUUCGAACCUGCGGUCGGACAUGGAAGACUUAUGGAGCCACCGUCAAGAAACAGUAUGUGGCGGUUCGGAUAUCCUAAUCCGGUCGAUUACAACGAUAACGAAUUGUUCUGCGGCGGCCAUUCCGUUCAAUGGAGCGUUAACGACGGGAAAUGCGGAGUGUGCGGGGACGCGUACGAUCAAGCUCAACCUAGACGACACGAAGCGGGGGGUGAAUACGGCAGAGGGAUAAUCAGCAGGCAUUAUUUUGCAGGUCAGACGAUUGAUGUUGAAAUUGAAUUAACUGCCAACCACAAAGGAAGAUUCGAAAUGCACCUCUGCCCAAAUAAUAAUCCUAAAUACGAAGCUACACAGUCUUGUAUAGAGAGGUUUCCGUUGUACAUAUCUGGCACACGGCAGGUCCGAUAUAUCAUCCCGGAAAAUUCAAGGAAGAAAGAUAUUUUCAAGUACAGGGUGAGGUUACCACCUUAUCUCACGUGCUCCCAGUGUGUUCUUCAGUGGACUUAUUAUACGGGUAACAUGUGGGGCAAAUGCGACAACGGGACGGAAGGACUGGGCUGCGGGCUACCGGAAACGUUCCGGAACUGUGCGGACGUCAAAAUCGUGACCAGCACUUCGGGUCUACCACCGCAGUUCAUACACAACAGGCCGCAGCAGCACUACUACAGUUCGGCUCUCCGGGGCGACGACUUGACGAUAGCACCGCAGAUUUAUUACCCACUUGUGGUCAAGGCCCAAGUAUGUGUUGCAACGCAGAAGUAUCGUAUUGUUCCCGGCAUGGACAAAUGGUGUGAAAACAAUUGUGUAAACUUUCCGUCAAACUGCCCCGAAGAAUUCUGCACUUGUCCAGAACAAUGCACUGGAAUCGGAGAAAUAAAAGGAUUACCCGGUGCUGACGAAUACUGCCAGGACCAAUGUAUUGUCUAUGGAGCAAAGUGCCCGAAAAAGCGGUGUGUCUGCUAUUGA